CAAACCCCAAAAGCAUUGAAAAACUGCAUCUGACUCGCAUCGUUCACGCGGCGGCCACAAAUCGAGGCCACCAAAAAGAUGCACUACGCCCCUCUUCGCUCACUCCCACUCCGACAUUGCACAAAGCCGGCACAUGGUCAUCGUCGUGCAAUUCGCCACCAUCAUCAUCAUCAUCAUCAUCAUGAAAAGCCCCUGCCUGCGAGCCUAUGCGAUGAUGGAAAACCCAAACAACCAUCUGCAACCAUCCCCGCCUCGCUACACAGUCGCGCAUAUUGUCGAUGCGCAUACAAAUUCGACCUUUGAGUGUGUUGCGUUCCAGCCGUUAGAUAAUCGGACACGCGAGCCCCUUAGUCCCCGCUACUGCCUUGGGCAUCUCUGUCGAACGCACUGCUACUCUCCGCGGCUCAAUUUGCUCCGUUAGCUAAUAUUUGUGGGUCUGCCUGCUUGUUUUUUUUUUGGUGUUGUUGUGUGAAGAUUUUGGAAGACCGAUCGGAGGAGGUGGAAAUUUUGGGCACACAACAACAACAGCAACAAUGCGGUACGAGAUGAUGGACGAGCUCUCCAUCGGCUGCUUUAGUUGUCUCAGUUCGAUUGAACAGACAAGAUCAGAGACAGAGUGUCUCAUUGGAGCGACAUCAGCUUAGUAAGCGGCUAGUGGACGUUACUGUUCGGAUUUUUAGUAUUUGUGCAGCGAAUCAUUGAAGGAAGUAAAUUCCAACAUGGUCCUUUGUCGGCUAAACCACACUGUGUGUGCAGUGAUCUUCAUCUUGUCGGUCGUAAAUCAGCUCCAAUGUCGGCCCCUGCCCGAUCAUCCCGCAGACGGCGAUGCGGAGGCCAAAAUCCAAGCUGACCGUGAGCUGCUCAAUACAGUGACCUACGUCGGCAACAACAAGGUGUACGGUCUACUCUCCAAUGAGCAACCACCGAUGCGUGAAGCAAAGCUCGAGAAGGAGGACUUUGACUCAACCUUCCUCACCAAGCUGGACAACGUGCAGAAGAAGUUUGUCACCAAGGGCAAUGUCCCAGCGCUGGUGGAUCAAACGCAUCCCAAGGAUUAUUAUGGCAAUGACGUCAAAGAUGAAGCCAUUCGCCGCGGUUUCGUCGGAAUAGUCGAGCAGUUGUCCAACGUUUUCAACGCGAUUGUUGAGAAAGUCCCCAAGGGAGCAGUCACAAACCUGAACAAGAGUGUGCUGAACCGUCUUAACCAGAUCGGUGCCGUGCUGGUCGGGCUUGAGGAUGCGAAAAAGAAGUAGAUUCGUGGUACGCACACCACGUGUAUGGUUUCAUGUUUUUAAUUAAUUUAUUCGUUUCUGUAAAUACUUAAACUUCUACCAUCAUGCUAUGGAUGCGGAGAGUCGGUUUUUGGAAUGUGUUUCUUUCCUUCUAUCUAUGCAAUGCCCUAUGACGGCUGUCGUUAUACGAGAAUGUGUGUCCCCCCUUGACCCUUUACUUUCUUUCCUUUCCCCCCUUCGUUUCGUUUUGUGCUUGUGAAAGGUAGUUUUGGUAGUUUUGGUAGUCGGCAGUAGCGCGGAAUGACGGUGGCCAAGGAUAGAGCCGCUUAAAUCUAAACUCGGAGUGUAUAAAUAAAACUGUGCAGUAUUUCUACGUUCUACGUACUACAAGUCACCAUCCUAAACCAUCCGUUCUCUACGAUUUGUUUUGUUUUCCUUCUCUACUCUCCUCUACUAACUAUAAUUGGUUUCCAUUUUGGUCGCCUAUCUCUUCUACUUCAGCAUUUUUUUUUUGUUCGUCCAUUUUCGUGAGUGUUUGUUUAGUGAGUUUGCUUUCGUCGUCGUCUGUGUUGUUUUGUUUUCUUUUUUGGCACAAUCAUUUCACAUAUACACACACACAGCAACUCCGGCGUGUAUAUGCGUCAAGGAUC